AUAUCUAUGGAGAACACAGCCCGCACAUUUCACAACUCACCCAGCGAGGGCUUUUAUUGUGAAGUGCAGCGGAGUGGAGUUCCGGGUCACAGCUGGUUAGCGGUGAACAGUUUUUUCUGCCAUUAGCUGCAGCAGAGGAAACCGAGGAAGAAGAAGAAGAAGAUGCGGAACUCUGCUGUGAACAUGCUCCUGUUGUGGUCCGUGCAGCUGCUCGUGGCUCUGACGUGUUCCCAGGACGUGGUGGAAGCGGCCAGCGCGAGAGGGUUCGGAGACAAAAUCCACUGGAGGACACUGGAUGAUGGGAGAAAAGAGGCUGAGGCCAGCGGUCUGCCGCUCAUGGUCCUCGUCCACAAGAGCUGGUGCGGAGCCUGCAAAGCACUGAAGCCCAAAUUUGCAGAGUCCAAGGAAAUCUCUGAACUUGCACACAACUUUGUGAUGAUUAACCUGGAGGAUGAGGAGGAGCCUAAGGACGAAACCUUCAGUCCCGAUGGUGGAUACAUUCCUCGGAUUCUUUUCCUCGAUCCCAGCGGCAAAGUCCAUCCGGAAAUCACCAACAAGAACGGAAAUCCAAACUACAAGUACUUCUACAGCAACGCAGAACAAGUUGUGUCCGGUAUGAAGGAGGCGCAGGAGAAGCUGACGGGCGACGCCUUCAAGCUGGGUCACACCGGCGAUGAGCUGUGAGGAGGUGGAGACGGGCAUCAGGCUGUAAGGGCUACACUUCCUCUACCUGAGCCUGGGCUUCCUGUAACACCUCCUCUCCCCCCCCCCCCCCCCCUCCAACAUUCAAUAUUUAUCCUCACCACAGGUUCUCGUCCUGUUACGGUUUCUUUCUUCUCGAAUCGCCGCUCAUCGUACUGUCUCUGUUUUUAAAACAUGUUAUACUUGUAAUGAACUCUUCGUUCAAAUGGCAUCUACUGUAACGUUAAUGUCUGUAUAGGAUAUAAACAACUCGAGCUCGCCCAGUUAACUGCAGUGUUUUAUUAACUCGUCUGUUGUUGGAUGGAAACGUCACUUCUUCCGUUUGCCAAGUUUCUACCACUGAAGUGAAAUCCCUCGUUUUUCUCCCGACAGCCAAGAACUUUAAUCUUUUACUUUAGGAUAAGUUUCCUUAAACACGUCGUGGAUACUUGUGAAAUCCCUUCAGCUGAACCAGUUUGAAUGUUUUCACCCAACAGCAGUGCUACAGUAUUCAUCCAAACCAAGAUUAGUGUAUUAACACCUAAAGGGAUGUGCUUCCAAAGACCCUCCUCAGUACGUUGAUUAUAUCUGUGACAGUCUUCACCGUGCCCCCCCCCCUCAUGCUCUGUACCUCUGAUUUCUCUUCUCCAGUCUUUAAAAUACUAAUGAUUCAUUUAAUCCUGCAAAUGUAUCUACUUAUUUAGCUUAUUCUGCAUAACUUUAUUUGUUUUUCUGCUUGUGAAGUGACAGUUCUGUAUUUUUAAGACCAGCUUUGUUAAACUCUUUAAAAUUAAGGAAGGACACAUCUGUGAAGUAUCUCAAUGUAUUUUAUACACGUACACGACCAAGUGUGCAAAUAAAGUUUAUUGUAUUGAGUAA